AUGGCCAAACCACCAGCGGUGCCCAACGGCGCCUUCCUGACUGAUGCGCUUCAGUGUCAGGCGAGCUGUGCAAGCAAUCCCACUUGCAGCCACUUCACAUGGUUCACAGACAGCCAUGGCUGUUGGUUGGGAUUUUCCAAAAGCGAGCUGGUUGCGGCGCCAAAGGCCAUCUCCGGGCCUAAAAUUUGCAAAGCGCCAGCCACGCCAGCACCGCUGCCAGAGCCGAUGCCAAUUGCAGGGGAUGGAGAUGCAAGUGUCAGCACCCAGGCGCCCAAGGCCUUUGCUCAAAACACUUCCAGAGGUGGUGCAAACAUCUCGUGGAUCUGGUGGGUUCUUGGUGCAGGUGUCAUCGUUCUGGUGGCGAUCGCUGCCUGCGCUUUCGCCUUUGCUCAGGGCAAAAAGAAGCCCAAAGAGAGCGCUCGGAAGCGACACAUGAGGAGAACCCAAGGGAUGGAGGAGGAAGCAGAGAACGACGCAGAGGAGGCAGAUGUCGAGAGACCCUUGAUGCCUUGGGAGCAGCGGAAGUUGGAAUCUCGUCCCAGUGGAAGCAAGAAGGGCUUCAAGGCUCCAGAUAGCUUUGUGCGGCUGCCGCUUACGGUGCCGGGGAUCGGCACAUGGGGUUGCGGCACAAGGGCCUGCCAGAGCGUGUCAUGGAAGCAACGCAGCAGUGCCUUGAUGCAGCAACAGGCCUUUAAUGCUUUGUUCCGCGAGCGAUUUCGGAACUUUGAUGGUACCAUGCAGUCAUUCUAUCCUCCUCGUGGACAGCGACAGAGUGCAGGCACUGCAGAAGUUAGGUUGAUCAGGCAGAUUGCACCAGCAGCACGGGAGUUUCCGCCUCAAAUCUUGACCCCAUUUGCCUCGUCGCCAGCGUGCUUGAUUCCCGAGGGGUGCGCAGGGCCGGGGGGUCGGGAUCAUCAAGAUCUGGAUUCCUUCGGCUUGAAACUGGGUGGAGUUUGGCAUGGCAAGGAUCACAAGAUGGAAGCCAAAUUUACUGAAGCUAACUUCACUUGCACCUCGCUGGUUCGCAAUCCAAUCUUAGAUGUCCUUGAGCUUCCUAGCAGCUUUCAGAUCCCAAUCAAUUUUAAUGCCAUGCAGAAAGAGGGUUCCGACAUGAGUCUCCAGUUCUACAUGACAGCGGCCUGGUCCUGCUCCGUGAGCCUCGGCGGCGGCUGGGAGGCAGGCGCCCAACGCGCGCAGCGGCGCCGAGUAGGGUGGGAAGGGCUCGAAGUCCGCGACGGCGGCCUGGCAGAUUUUUGUUGGUUGGCCCCCGAGCCGCGCCCAGCCUGGCAAUCCCGGGGUGAGCCGGCGCCAGAGCCCCCUGCCGGGCCGGAGGAUGAGAACUUGGAGCGACUGGUGGAAGGAGUGGAAGGAGUGGAAGGAAUGGAAGGAAUGGAAGGAAUGGAAGGUUGGAUCUCACCCAGAUCCGACAGAUCUUUAGGUCCAAAGAUGACCAAAGGAACAGCUCUGGGACCUUUGACAGGCACCACCUUGGUAGAUUUGAUUGAUCGCGGGACUUAUGGCAUGGGCCCUUCGGGGCGCCGUGCACGUUCGGUGCAGCGGUCUGAUUCGCUGCCGCCGCGGCCGUGGGAUCAGGGCACCCGCGCCAGCCUCGAGCAGGCACGUGCUGGAGCGCUGCGAAGCAAAAGCUUGAGGCCAGAGCGGCCACAGAGGCCAGAGAGGCCGAAGGAUCAAAAUGAUCCCUGGGCAGCUUAUUUUGGAGAAAGCGAUGGGUUGGAUGUCCCAGUUUGGGGGCAGCUUCCAUUUCGUUUGCAUCGAAGGCAACAUGGGGUGGUCAGGGAGAGUGAGGCAGAACUGACCACUGGACACAUCCCAGUUCUUCGAGAUGAAUCCAUAGAUUCACUACUGGGUGGUCCUGAUGGUGUCGAUGGCUAUUAUGCCGAUGGCACUUUUGGACGAGGCGGCCACUCGACUGAGAUCCUGAGACGUUUGUCGAAGGACGGCCGGCUCUGGGCCUUUGACUUAGAUCCCAACGCGGUCGCAGUGGGGCAGAGAUUGGAAGCCUUGGAGCCGCGCUUCAAAAUGAUCCAUCGACCCUUUGCUGAUGUCCAUGUGAGCUUGCCAUCUGAUGUGGAGUUGUCUGGGAUGCUCCUGGAUAUUGGCUUCUCCAGCCCACAGGUGGAUGACGGCGACCGUGGAUGGAGCUGCUAUCAGGACGGCCCGUUGGAUUUGCGAAUGAACUUCAAGGCAGGCAUUCCAGCAUGGAAGUGGCUGCAGACCACUACCCCUGGAGAACUGGCUUCGGUGAUCUACGAGAAUGGCGAGGAUGAUGAUCCGGUGAUGUGUCAUCGCAUUGCCGAAGCUGCCUUGGAACGUCAAAGACGCCUAGGUCCGUACAAGUCCACGCUGGAGUUGGCCUCCUGUAUCCAGGAGGUGAAGCGUGGCUUGGAUGAACGUCGCCAGCACCCUGCAAAGUUGGCAUUCCAAGGCAUCCGGAACUUCAUCAACCAGG